AUGGACUUUGUUGUGGGGUUACUAGUUACCUCAAACAAACAUGACUCGAUAUGGAUCAUAGUGGACAGGUUGACCAAGACAGCUUACUUCAUUCCUAUUAGAGCUAACUACUCUAUAGAUAAGUUGGCUCAUGGAUACGUGGUGAAGAUAACAAGGUUGCAUGGUGCUGCAGUGACAAUAGUCUUCAACAGAGGAUCAUGGUUCACAUCAAGGGCAAAGUUAAAGAUAGCAGUUAGUAGACAAAAGAGUUAUGUAGAUCUCCAUGGAAGAGAAGUGGUUUCUCAAGAGGGUGACAUGGUUCUUUUGAAGGUAUCUCCAAUGAAGGGUGUUGUUCGAUUUAGAAAAAGGGGCAAGCUAGCUCCAAGGUACAUUGGACCAUAUGAAGUGCUGCAAAAGGUUAAAAAUGUGUCUGACAAGUUAGCUUUGCCACAAAAAAUGGAGAGAAUACAUCCGGUGGUCCAUGUUUCUAUGUUGAGGAAGUUUGUGUCAGAUCUGAACAAGGUUAUAAGUGAACUAGACAUGAAAAUUUCAAAAGAUCUUUCUUAUGUUGAACAACCUGUUCAGAUUGUAGAGACUCAAGUAAGGAAGCUAAGGAAUAAGGAGAUACCUAUGGUGAAGGUGUUAUGGAAACGCUACAAAAUGGAAGAGUGUACAUGGGAAACCCGUGCUUCCAUGAUAUAA